AUGACAAAAGGUACUCCAUCCUUUGGUAAGAAAAACAACAAGUCACACACCCUCUGCAGAAGAUGUGGUCGCCGUUCUUUCCACAUCCAGAAGAAGACUUGUUCUUCCUGUGGUUACCCAGCCGCCAAGAUGAGAUCUUACAACUGGGGUGCUAAGGCUAAGAGAAGAAGAACUACUGGUACUGGUCGUAUGCAAUACUUGAAGCACAUGUCAAGAAGAUUCAACAACGGUUUGACCUCUGAGUCUAAGAACUAA